AAAGUUGGUGUCUUGUUGAAAAAUAAUUAAUGCUCUCAACGCCAAUAAUGCCACAAUUAAACCCACAUGUUUCACAUUAGGUAGAGCAAAAUCUUGGCACAUCUCCUCUAUAAAUUCAAGAGGUAAGCAAGAACGAUAAAGCAUCUAAAACAAAUUAAAUUCCGUAAAUCCAACCCAAGAAACAAAAGAUGAAAUCCAUCUUACUCUUUCUUUCCCUUGCAUUCCUUCCCUUUUCAGCCUUGGCAACUUGCACUACUGAUACUGGCCAUGGCAACCAAGUAUUGAGAGUUGUAAAGGAUUGGAAGGGCCAUCCCCUCGACAAAGGCGCUAGAUACUUUAUUGUUUCGGCCUUCAACGGUGCCGGCGGUGGAGGUGUGCGCCUUGCUAAUCUAGGAGGUCAAGAUGAAAACACUUGUCCUACAUCAGUUGUGCAAUCCCCUCGUGAUAAAGACGAUGGAAUCGCGGUUUAUUUUAAACCUAAAGAGCCCAAACAUCAGGAGAUUGUGGAGUCUGCUCCGUUAAACAUCAAUUUCUAUCUUGAUUAUUAUAAGUGUGCUAACCUAACCGUGUGGAAGGUUGACCACUACCCUAAACCCGCGGAGCACUAUACCAUAAGCACAGGUGCAAAGUUGGCAAAUCCCCUCGACGUGAACAGCUGGUUUCAAAUUAAGUCUCUCGGGAGCUCGUAUAAGCUAGUGUUCUGUCCCUAUGGAGAGACGUUUACUUGCCAAAAUGUUGGCAUAGUCAGUGAAAGUGGAUAUAGGCGUCUGGUUCUCACAGACAACGCAAAGGCCUUCGUGUUCAUAAAGGAUGACAGAAUUGGAAAGGUCGAAGCAUUAUCGUCCAUUACCUCUGCUUUCUAAUAAAAUUAAGCAAUGUAAAAUAUGUAACGUAGGGCCUAAGUCCCAAUGCAUGGAUGCAAAACUUAAUAAUGUAAUGCAGGCCUAAGUGCCCAUGAAAUAACAUCAGUGUCGUUCUUCUUAA